AUGAAAAGCUCCACGGACUCGGCGCAGGCUUCUGCUGGUGUGGCCGGUAGCUAUUCGACCCGCUUGGGUCUCUCCAAGAGCUGGCGCACCGUUAAAAGCCACGCGGGCGUGUAUACAGGCGGCAAGGUGGAGCUCUUCAAUGGCCGCACUAGCGCUGACUCAGAGCCUCGCGCGCUAAUGGCCUGUAUGCUGCACGACGACGUGGCCAUCAUCGACGCUGAGACCGGAGAGCUUCAGCGCACUUUGCAACAAGACGUAGAGGACGAGGAGGCAAAGGAGUCGUUCGUGGUAUUCACUGUACGGCCGGGGAAGAAGAAUCAGCUUGUGACUGCUGGUCGUAACCUGCUGCUGCGCGUGUGGGAUCUGGACACGUUUAAAUGCGUGCGCACUAUCAAGGCCCAUGAAACACCGGUGCUGGCAAUGGGCUUUGACCCGUCGGGUACGCUGCUAGCCACUGGUGGUAGCGACCGCACAGUCAAAGUCUUCGACGUUGACAAGGGCUUCUGCACACACAACUUCCGCGGCCAUGCGGGUAUUGUAACGCUCGUGCAGUUCCACCCUGAUGCAGCUCGACUAUCUCUCGUGUCGGCCAGUGAUGACGCCACUGUGCGUGUCUGGGACUUGUACACGCAGAAGCAAGUGGCGUGCAUCCAGGACCACAUGAGUCUGGUGACCAGCGUGGCAUUCUCGGAAGAUGGCUACACUAUGUUGUCUGCUGGGCGUGACAAGGUGGUCAACUUUUGGGAUUUAAGAGAUCAGAAGCUCAGCAAGACGGUGCUGGUGCAUGAAGCAGUAGAAGGUCUCGUAGUGGUGCCGUCGACUUUCAAAUGCAUCACAAGUAACAAGUCUCAGGAUGACAAGGCAAUUCACUUCUUGACUGCUGGAGACAAGGGCGCGUUGCGGCUUUGGCGUAGCAGUGGCAGUACGUGCGAGACGCUGUUCACGCAGAAGUCGGAUGCCUCGUCAGCGCUUACUUACAAGGAUCUACUGCUGAGUACUACCCGCCGCGAGGUUGUGAUCGUGUCUUCCGAGCAGAAUUUCCUGGUAUUCGACGAGAAACUGACUCGUCGGACGCAGAUUAUCGGCUAUAACGACGAUAUCCUCAACCUCAAGUACAUCCCGAAGGCUGACGCGAGUGGAGAACCGUCGGAUGUGCUCGCUGUGGCCACCAACAGCGAACAGAUCCGUCUUCUGAACCGUAGCACGUUGUCGUGCGAACUUCUUUCAGGUCACACAGAUAUUGUCAUGGCUUUGGCGGUAUCUCCAGAUGGACGCUGGCUUGUGAGUGCUUCCAAAGAUCGCACUGCUAGACUUUGGGACUUACGACCUACUGGUGGCAAGAAGAUGGGCAAGACUUUGCCACGCUGUGUGGCUACUUGUGCGGGCCACACAGAGGCUCUCGGCGCUGUUGCCAUCUCACAGCGUGCUUCUAGCUUCGCCACUGGCGCUGCUUUUUUUGUUACCGGUAGCUCGGACAAGACGCUCAAGAUGUGGAGUCUGCAGCCGCUUGCUGGCGCGUACGCUACUCCUGCCAAGCCUGCAUCGACAGAGCUGACCAUUUCUACGCUUGGUGCUGUUAAAGCUCACGACAAGGACGUGAACGCUCUCGCUGUGGCGCCGAACGACCGCUUCAUUGCCAGUGCGUCCCAGGAUAAACUCAUCAAGGUGUGGCACUCGCAACAAGCUGGUGCCGGUCGUAUUUUGACGCUGGCUGGUGUGUGUCGAGGCCACAAACGCGGUGUCUGGGCUGUGGAGUUUUCCCCCGUCGACCAGUGCCUUGCAUCUGCCAGUGGUGACAAGACUGUGAAAGUGUGGUCUGCCAAGGACUUUUCGUGCUUGAAAACGUUCGAAGGCCACACUGCGUCUGUGCUGAAUGUGCAGUUUGCUUGUGCUGGUAUGCAGCUCCUGUCUGCCGGUGCUGACGGACUAGUUAAGCUCUGGACCAUCAAGAGCAACGAGUGCGAAGCAACGCUGGACAAUCACGAGGACAAGAUCUGGGCUCUAGCUGUUGCCAAGGACAGUUCCGAGAUGGUUAGCGGUGGUGCCGACUCGACUAUCAAUCUCUGGCAAGACUUCACGGAAGAAGAGGAGCGUGCGCAACAAGACGACAGAGACGCCAAGCUACUGAAGGAACAGGAACUCUUCAACUGUCUCCGUAACAACAAGCUGCUGGAAGCCGUGCAGCUCGCAUUCGAGCUCAACCACCCGAACCGCAUGCUACAGAUUUUCCGUGACCUGCUUGAAGGACCGCGACACAAGGACCAGCCUGUUCUCCCGGGAGGUAAGCCUAUUGAUCCCGACAACUUUUCGCCCGAGGACAUCUUUGCGCCGGUGGUACUGAGUCUGGAAGAUGAACAACUCACGACGCUCAUGGAGUGGCUACGGGACUGGAACACGAACGCUCGUAACACGAGUGUCUGUCAAGUACUGGUGAGCACGAUUCUGCGUGAAGUGCCUCCCAGUCGCCUGAAAUCGCUGGAAGGUGCUGCCAAGACAGUGGAGGCGCUGAUUGCCUACAGCGAGCGUCACUUUCAGCGUAUUGAUCGUAUGCUGCAGAAGUCUUACCUCGUGGACUUUAGUAUCGUGACCAUGAAGAGCUUACUGCCGAUUGGUGAAAGUGACUCGGUUGCUGAGAAGACGGACAGCGAUAGCGAAGGGGAAGAAGAGGAAGUGAAGACCAAACAGCCACGGAAGCGUGGCAAGGCUGUUGUCACUGGGAACACCAAGAAGCAGCGAGUGUAA